AUGCGCAGGUCCGACGAGGAGACCGUCGGUCUCACGUCCCGGGAUCUCUACAUUGACGAUGCUCCUUCGCAGAGUAGCUGCCAAUUCUCAGCUUCAGAGCCCUUGUUAGAAGAGGAUAGUCAGUCCACCAAUCCCACCCUACACAAGCCAAAGUGGAGGGCUUUCCUAUCUUCACAGAACCCUCGCAGAUCGCGGCGGAAACCUUCAAGACCUGGCAAUGACAUUGGGGAAAAGCCAACGUUGAACAAACGGAAAAGAUCGAGGUUAUGUUUAAACAUAAGUCUUGGUAUACUGGUGCUUCUUGGAGUGAUACAGCUCCUCAACCUAAUCGGCAGCCUCGUCGUAAUUAUCCUUCCCGAUAGUAUACACCGCAUUGUGGACUCGUGGGGCCGCCCAGGGCACAUUGGGGCAGGCUUGUCGUCGUGGCCCACGGACUUUUCACGGGACAUCAUUCCCAUGCCAUGCCAUUCGCACAAUGACUAUUGGCGGAGAGUGCCUCUGUUCUCCGCGAUAGAAGUUGGUUGUAUCGGCGUGGAGGCCGAUAUUUGGUUAUUCGACGAGGAAUUGUUCGUCGGACACUCCGUUGCAAGCCUGACGCCCAACCGUACGCUCGACAGCCUCUACAUCAACCCGCUUCUCGACGUCUUGUCAAAGCAGAACCCAAGAUUGACUAUACUUCCAGACGACACCUCUCAGCCACAUGGUGUUUUCGACACAGACCCUGAGCAGACUCUCAUUCUUCUCAUUGACUUCAAAACAUCUGGAUCAGCCCUUUGGCCUCACGUACAAUCGGCACUUCAGCCACUACGAGAAAAGAACUAUUUGACUCGGUCCAACGGCACCCAAAUCACUCGGGGUCCCAUCACAGUCGUUGGGACAGGUAACACGCCUUUUGAUAUGGUGAACUCGGAGGAAACCAAUCCCCAUCACGAUGUGUUCUUCGAUGCUCCUCUCAGUGAGAUGUAUGGAGGUACCACCAGCGGCGACUUAUCAACUGCGACGAGUAUAAAUGAGGAACCGCCAAAGGGUACCAUGCAGGGAGAGCCACUCUCCGAUGAGAAUGAGAAAUUGGCCGACACUACCAAAGUGUCAUUAGGAAACGCCAGGAAAAGGCGAUCAGAUGAAGAGGGUCAAGGCAAGUCUAGGACUAUUUCUGGCGAUGCCAACGCCUACACCACUAGUAACUCCUACUAUGCAAGUGUGUCAUUUGGAGACGCAAUCGGGCAAUUGUGGGACGGCCAGUUCUCGGACCACCAAAUGGAUCUGCUUCGAGGCCAGAUCAAGGGUGCACACAGAAGAGGCUUGAAGGCGAGAUACUGGGACCUCCCGUUCUGGCCGAUCAGCCUGCGAAACCAUGUUUGGGAUGUGCUGGUGAAGGAAGGGGUGGACUUAUUAAACGUCGACGACCUGAAAGGGGCAACGCGCAGGAAUUGGAACCGACACCAUGGUUGGUGGAAACGAAUGAAAGGCGCCUCUAAUGAUGUGCAUGGAGGUAUUGAAGACUCUGUCGACAGUCCAGCUGUUUUACGUUUAUGA